CCUUUUUUCAGAUUUUGCGAUUUUAGAAUUAGUCAAUUUUUUUUAGUAAAAGAGUGAAAUCUGAAAUGGCUUUCAGUUUUGGUAAUACGGGUGCUUCGAAACCGGGAUUUUCAUUUGGAUCGUCAACGGCAACAACGAAAGCAACUGGUACAGUUCAGCCUUUUGGUUUUGGGAAUGCUACAACUUCAUCUGCUCCGAGUGCGAGCACCGGUUUCAGUUUUGGAAAUACAUCGUCACAACCUGCCAAAACAACAUCAAGCUCGCUCUUUGGUGCCUCCGCUAACACAACUACUUCAACUGGGCUGGGUGGAUCAGGAUUUGGCGGAGGAUUUAAGCUUGGUGGAUCUACAGCAACAACAGCAUCAGGUUUCUUAUUUGGCGGCAACACCGGAUUAUCUCUUGGGAAUACCGGUGGCAGUUUAACGGCCACAUCAACCACAGGAUCGGCUUUUGGCACAAGCGCAGCAACUACAUCGGCACCUGCUUUCAGAGGACUCGGAGGUGUCUCGUCGACCGCCAGCACAAGUAAUCAAAGCGACGGUAAUGGUAACAAAAAUAACGGCGUAGGACAAGCGUUGAAGGAACAGCAAGUCCCAGAUGAAUUGUGCAAGGAUGUUAAAGAUUUUGAGAAUUUUGUGAAGAAGCAAAAAGAAGGAAGUAACACCAUCGGUAAAUUUUCAAUUCGAUCACUUCGUAAAAUACAAGAAGAAGUUUCGUCACUUUCUUAUGCUCUCGGCAGUGUUUCAUCAGCCUUGCACAGGAACAACGCUGCAGUUCAAAAGUUACGUUCUGAUUUUACUGAAGAAUUACGAUACAUUGAAAUAGCGAAACAUACUCAAGAUAUUCCACCUUCGUUACAACACGAUAAUAUUGCUCCUAUCAAGUUUUUUAUGAACAUGUUAUCAGAAUUUGAAUCAAGUAUGCAAAUAUAUAGAAAACAAAUUGAAGAAUUAGAAAAUCAUCUCAGCUUAACCGAUCAGUCUAUCAAUUUAACACCACAAGAUAUUUAUGUGGCUUUAUGCAAGAUGCAGGAAUCCUUUAUCGCACUUGCGGCUAAUCUACAUUCUAUACAUGAUCAAGUCAAGAUUCUCAAAGAACAAUAUCUGGUUUAUCGAAGAAUUGUACAUAAUGAUACUUUCGACAUUUUUGCUGCAAAUAAACAGAAGCUUACGCAAGAAAAAUCUCAAAAGACUUCCGGCUUAUCUCCGUUCAACCAACUCAGUAAUGUUGCUGCUUUAGCUAUGGCAUCAAUGGUUAAUCAGCAAAGUCAACAGCAACAGGGACCACCUCAACAAGGUCAUUUGUCCACACAACCAGCUGGUGGUACAGGACUAUUUGGCGGAGCAAACAAACCUAUUGGCACUGCAAGUUUAUUUGGUGGUGGAUCUACAACCACUGGAUCAAAGUUCGGAGGUUUUAGUGGGUUUGGUUCAACUACUAAACCCCUCAGUGCAGGGUUUGGCACAUCUGCUACACAAUCCACUGGCUUGUUCGGCAACACUUCAUCACUCAACACGAGUGCUGGACUCACUUUUGGUGGUUCUGCUGCCACUGGUAGUACAUUUGAAUUGAAACGUCCUCCUCUUGGCAAUAAACGUGGGAAGAAAUGACUAGGACGCACCGCUUCUAGUUGAUGAUGUAAACAAGACACGCCCUCAUCGACUGGAGCGGUAGAUGACAGCAACUUACAUUUAUUUGAAGCACCGAGAAGAAUGUCAUCGGACUAAUGGUUGACAGUGAAGCUGUUUCGAAAGCAGAUUUAAUGUGUCGAUGGAUGAUAGAUAGAUCUUGGUGCUACUGUUUUUCUCGUAUUUGUAAUGUCUUUUCAUGGUUACUAGGCAAUCAAUGCAUUUUGCAGAUUCGCGUGUAAACAAAGAAAGAACAACA